AGAGGAAAAGGAUAAGUGAUGGCUUUUUCUUCUUCAAUCAGCUUAAGUUAUGGAAAGUUCUGUUCUGGAUUUCACUAUAAUAAGCAACCAAUUUUAUCAAAAUAUUUCAAGAAUUCACAUAUCUCAGCCUUUUCCUCCACCCAAAAUGGACACCAUUUGAAGCUUAAGGUACAAUAUCCCAGAGCAUCUUUUGAUAGUGAAGGCCUUCCCUCUGAGAUUACUGAAGAUUCUAAGUUUGUUUCUAUAAACGCCGAAGACCCAAAAUAUGGUCCACCUGCUUUGUUGUUGCUGGGCUUCGAAGUAGACGAAGCAGCAAAGAUACAACAGCUUUUGAAGGAGAUGGAUGGUGAAUUCCUACAGGUCAUCUUUUGUACCGAAGACAUGAUUUCUCGCUCACUUUGGGAAGCAGUGAACACAAAACAGACCAAUUUAGAAGCUUCAAAGAUUGCUAAACAGCUUCCGCGAAUUUGCUUCCUGUCUGGCCUUACUGGAGAGGAGAUGAUGAUGUUUCUUGACGCAUUUGAAGAAAGUGGACUUGAAGACCCCGUCUUUGCUGCUCUUGUUCCAAACAGCGCGGAAAAGCCAUUACAAGAAUUAAUCGAUGAGAUUAUGGGUGAUCAUGAACUACUAUCUGCCAAAAAUUCAAGCUAGAGGAAAAAAAAAUGUUCU